GCAGGCGCAGAAACCCGCCCCUGGAUUCCGGCUUCUAAGCCAAGGAUGGCAACAGCAACGCUAUUCUGGGAGGAAGGAGAAAGCUGAAUGGUGGUGGACGAAGAAGCGUUUCCUCUUCCUUGGAAGGGCCAAGCCAGAAGGAUGACUCACCAGGGGGCCGUCCUGCAAAGCUACAACAACGAGCUUGUGAAAUUUGUGGAGGAGCUGCACUUGCAAAGGGAAGAGCUAAACAGACAAAUUGAACAGGAGGAAGAGGAAAAGAAGAAAAUCCAGGAUGAACUGGAGAUGCUGACAAAACAAUUGGCCUGCGUUUGUGAACGUUUAGCGUGGAAAAUGGCUGCCCGGAAGGAACUCGAUAAAAUUCUCGCUGAAACAGAAGUUGCUUAUGAGAAGAUCUUGGAAAGCUCUAAAAUGCUGCUGAAUGUUUUGAAGAAUGAAAGGCUGAAUCUGGACAAAACAAUCGCGCUAAAAAGUACUGCGGCUGGGGAUGGUCCCUUGUUUGGAGCUCAGUCAAACCAACGUUAGACUACAUAUCUGUUAAUCUUGAGUCACAUUUGUGUAUCGAUGGUGCAUUUUUAAUAUCAAGGAAGUCGAAAUAAAGUUUUUAGGGAUGAAA